CCUGCCCCUCAUCCUGCCGAUCGGCCCCCAUCCUGCCCCGCGCCUCUUUCCGCCUGUCCAGUCCUCGCCCGCGGCCUGUCCUUCCCUGCAUCCUGAACCUCUGCCCCUCAUCCUGCCCCUCAUCCCUGCAUCCUGCCCCUCAUCCUGCCCUUCAUCCUGCUCCUCAUCCUGCCCUUCAUCCUGCUGCUCGGCCCCGCAUCCUGCCCCGCACCUCUCUCCACCUGUCCGGUCCUCACCCGCGGCCUGUCCUUCCCUGCAUCCUGAACCUCUGCCCCUCAUCCUGCCCCUCAUCCUGCCCCACAUCCCACCCCUCAUCCUGCUCUGCAUCCUGACCCGCAGCCUGCUCCGUGACCUGCCCCUCAUCCUGCCCUCAGCCCCGCAUCCUGCCCUACGUCACUCUCCUCCUGGUCACUCCUGACCUGUGUGCUGACCCUCUGCCCGACAUCCUGCCCCUCAUCCUGCUCCACAACCUGUUCCACGGCCUGCCCCUCAUCCUGCCCCGCGUUUUUCUCCGCCUGUGCGCUCCUGCCCCGCGUCCAGCUCCUCUGCCCCACAUCCUGACCCUUGGUCCCACAUCCUGACCCUCGUCUUUCUCCGCCUGCCUGCUCCUGCCCCACGGCCUGCCCCUCAUCCUGCUCUGCGGCCUGCCCCGCGUCUCUCUCCACCUGGCCGGUCCAAACCCACGUCCUUUUCCUCUGACCCGCAUCCUGCCCCGCGGCCUGCUCUGCAUCCUGCCCCUCAUCCUGCCCCUCGGCCCCACAUCUUGCCCUGCUUCUCUCUCCGCUUGGCCACUCCUGACUCGUGUCCAGCUCCUCCGCCCUGCAACCUGCCCGGCGUCUCUCUCCUCCCAUCUGGUCCUGCUCCAUGCCCUGCCCUUCAUCCUAACCCCGCGGCCUACUCCUAGGCCCCGCAUCCUGCCUCGCGGCCUGCUCCGCGGCCUGCUCCACGGCCUGCCCCGCAUCCUGCCCCUCGGUCCCUCAUCCUGACCCGCGUCUUUCUCCGCCUGCCCACUCCUGCCCUGCGGCCUGCCCCUCAUCCUGCCCCUCAUCCUCCCCCGUCCACUCCUUCCCCGCGUGUCCGCGUGCCCAUCCUCGCGUCCACCCGUGUGUCCGCUGUCGCAGGAUGUCAGGGUGCCCCCGGCCGUGCUCCCUGCCUCCUCGGUGCCCGCCGUCGCCGUCGUGGCCGUUGGUGGUUCGUGUCUGCGAGCCUGGGUACAAGGCCCCGGAGCAGCGGGUGCAGAGGGCACUGCAGAAGCACUUCCAGAGCGGGCAUCGGUCCGGGGGCGGAGACUGCGAGGUCCGAGCAGGCCCCUGCCCUGGCACCUUCCUCCUCUGCUUCACCAAGCCCCAAGACAAGGAGGGGGUGCUGAGGCAUGGAGAUCACACUGUCCAGAUCGGGGCCGAGCAAGUCAAGCUGGUGCUGGAGGCCUGCCCGGAGGAGGCACUUAAGGAGCGAGGACCGGCCGGAGCAGAACCGGAGGCCUGCCCGGAGGCAGCCGGUUCCCCCGGUGACGAGCCCUUCGUCAAGGUGAGCGCCCAGCUGAGCACCAGCCUACUGUCUGAACGGCAGCGGGAAGAGGCGGCCGCCCGCUGCGCCCGCCUCAGCCUCCGCCGGGGCCCACGGGGCAUCGAGGCCGUGGAUGGCGACUUGGAGGACGUAGCCGAGCUCCGUCGCCUCCUCAAGCAGCAGCUGUCGAGGAAGGACGAGGGCCGCGAGUCGUCUCUCGAACUCUCCUCCCGAGACCACGGCUCCGGGCCUUCUUCCGUCGACGGCGGGGGCCCCUCGCCCCCCAUCGUGGUGCCGCUGAGCCUCUACGACUACUUCAGCCACGUCUUCGCCGCCACCCUGAAGGACCUCUGCCGCCAGUACCGCGUGGCCGUGCGGAUGGAGGCCGACCCCCAGGGCUCGGCCACGGUGCGCUUCGUCCCGGACGGACCCCCGGCGACGGUGGCGGCCGGCGAGGCCUUCGCCGAGGCCUUCAAACAGGCCACGCUGGACCUCGCCUACAAGCAGCUCCCCGCGGCCCUCGCUCCCCGGCCCGACGAGGCCGCGCGGGCCCUGGGCCGCCGCUUCCCCGGCCUCCUCAUCCGGGCCGAAGGCGGGCGCGUGGGGCUCCUGGGUCCCCCGUGGGAGGUGGAGGCCGCCCUGGAGGAGGCGGCGGGGGUGAAAGUGCAGCUCCACGGGCCCCCGGCCACCGUCACCCUGUCCGCGGCCGAGUCCCGGCUGCUGACCGAGCUGCAGCCGCACGUGCGGGCCAUCGAGACGAAGUUCUCCGUGAGAGUGUGGCCUACUCCGGUCCCCGAGCCCACCCUCCUCUUGUUCGAGCCGCGGAGGCCGGGCCCCGACCUGUCGGCCCACGCCCGCGCGGCCUUCGUGGACGCCUUCCAGGGCCUGUCCUCGCGGCCGCAGCAGCGGGCCUCCCUCGCCGCUCCCGAAGGGCCUCCGGAGCCGGGCCGCGUCUCCGGAAACUUCCAGAAGCCGCCUCCCGAUCCGGACCCGGGACCGGGCCGGGGGAUGACCGCGCUCUGGGGGUUGCCCGCCAUCCUCCAGGAUGCCACCCAGAGACUCGGGCACUAUCUCUCCCCGAUGGAGGACCGGGCGGGAGGGGAGGCCCGUGGCGGCCUUCAGGAGGAGGAGGAGGAGGACGUGUGUCCCAUCUGCCUCGACUCCAUUCGGGACAAGAAGACCCUGGAAAAGUGUCGGCAUUCCUUCUGUUCCCCCUGCAUCCAGCGGGCCCUGGAGCAGAAGCCAGUGUGCCCCAUAUGCCAGCAGUCCUACGGCAAGGAGACGGGCAACCAACCUCCGGGAACCAUGAGCACGCGUGUCCUGCCCACCAGCCUCCCCGGACACCCGGGCUGCGGCACCAUCGAGAUCACCUACGACAUAGCCGCCGGCCGUCAGGCUGCCAACCACCCGUGCCCCGGUCAGCCGUUCCAGCGCACAUGUCGGGUGGCCUAUCUGCCCAACGACGCCGAGGGCCAGGCCGUCCUGCGCCUGCUGAGAGUGGCCUUCGACCGGAAGCUGAUCUUCACCAUCGGCCAGUCGCGGACCACCGGGGCCAGGAACGUCAUCACCUGGAAUGACAUCCACCACAAGACCAGCCAGAACGGGGGGCCCUCCAGGUUCGGCUAUCCGGACCCCAGCUACCUGGGGCGCGUCCGAGAGGAGCUCAAGGCCAAAGGGAUCGAGUGACCGGACACAGGUGGCCACUGGCUGGCUUGAUGGACAGGGGCCGGAGGGCUGACAUGGACCCCCCACCCCUCUGCUGGCCCCCCUCCCCUCUCCUACCCUGCUGGAUAGUCCUCACCCUAGCACUCAGCACAGUAUUCUGCACCCAGUAGGCGCUCAGUAAAUACCA